AUGACGUGUCCGGUUUCAUGUAUUACCACUUGGUUUUCCGGACAAGGGGCUCCUGAGAAUCACUUGGUGCAAAAGAUUCCAGAGCUGGUGUUGAGAGCUGGACAGCCAGAUUUGCCUUUCUUUUUUUCCUGGGCCAAUGAGCCUUGGACACGUCGAUGGACAGGAUUGGAGGACGUGUUGACUGCACAGACUUAUGGUGACGAGCAAGAGUCAAGACAGCAUUUCCAGUUUUUGCUUUCUUUCUUCAGACGUCCCAAGUAUUUGCGAAUCAAUGGAGCCGCAGUUUUUGCAACCGACUUGGUCACAACGUGGCACGGGCUGGAAGAAGGUGUGCGGCGCCAGUUGGCGAGGCAAGACGGGUUUCAUGAGCACUUGCUACAAACCAUCGGGACCUCCUACCAUGUGGACCGACAGCCACCGGACUCUGUGACCGGAGAACGUGGCUUGCUCUCCGCCGGUACGAAUAAUGGCGUUAAUGGCGUCAAGGCGGCCCCAAAAAGGGUGCUGAGGUCUCCUGGUUUGGCCGGGGUGACGAGGUGCGGCGAUCCGGAUGCCGAAGCAGCCAGUCGGUCCAUUAGACCCGAGCUGGAAGGCGUUUCGGUGGAAGGGCGUUCGUCUUCUCCAACCGGGUGUUUUGGGGGUGGGUGCCCGAGUUUGCCCGAGGCUCUCAGAGCUUUUCUGGAUCCCAAGGUCCUCAAGAAGGCCUUGGCCGAGCAGCGCCUGGAGGGUCCGGGCACCUUAGCCUGGCGACAGCUGCGCAGCCAGGAGGGCCGUGGAAGCUGGGCACGCGGCGAAGGUGUGUCGAUCAGGAUCACCCAGAGAGGCUCGGGGGUGAAGAGGUCGCCCCGCUGGGCGACGCCAUGCCUGUGCCAGACGCCGAAGGUGUUGCGAGGUGGAGCAGCAGAUGAGAGGCCCUCGGCCGAGGAGCUGGCCUUAGGCGGAAUCAGUUUCAAGGACCUCAUGACCUCCUCCGUGCAGUUUGAAACGCCGGAGCGCCCCAGCAAGAUGAGGACCAGGGUCUUGAGGAAAGCCGCCUCCAACGCCAGCACCGAGGACACUCGCAGUGAUGGUUCCAGCGAGGAGGUCACGCGGAAAGAGGUUGAUGACCAUGGCCCUGUUGCUACGAAAGAUGCCAAGGGCACCGCCAAGGGUGGGAACAGCAGCGCAACCCAAGGCGCAGCUGUGAAGGGUGCGGGCAACACCAUGGCCAGGCGCACCAGCAAGGGUGAAGGCAAAUGUGCCACCAGAGUCCCUACCCAAACAGCCGGGGGUGUGGGCAUCACUAUGGCCAAGGGCACUACCAAGGGCCAAGGCAUCAGCGCAAGCAGAGCCACCAAAGUUGGCAAGGGUGUCGGUGUCGGCAACACUGUGGCCAAGGGCACCGCCAAGGGUGGGAACAGCAGCGCAACCCCAGGCACAGCUGCCAGGGGUUCAAUCAAUACCACGGCCAAGAGCACCAUCAAGGGCGAAGGGAACAGCACAACCAGAGCCCGUACAAGUACUAAAGUCAGCAAGGGUGCAGGCAACACUGUGGCCAAGGGCACUGCCAAGGGUGAGAGCAGCAGCGCAACUCAACGCGCAGCUGCCAGUGUUGCAGGCAACACCACAGCAAAGGGUGCCAUGAAGGGCGAAGGGAACAGUGCAACAAGAGCCCCAACCAAAGCUGCCAGGAGUGUAGGCAUCACUACGGCCAAGGGCACCACCAAGGGCCAAGGCCAUAGCCAUACCACAGCCCUUACCAAAGUUGGCAAGGGUGGAGGCAAGUUGACCGCGAGCGCCGGCGCUGGCGCCUCGGCGCUGGGGUGUUCACACCGUGUGUCGGUGUUGGCCCUCAGCGCCGGAACGCAGCGGCUGCCUUCGCCCACACGGCAGCUGGACGCAGCGAAGCCAGGACUCCUUGGCCGCCCGUUGCGGUGCACAAAGCAGAAGGUGUUCCCGGCCCCAGAGUUCUGCGUCGAAGAGGAACUCCCGGCGAAGUCGGUCUUCCUCUUUGGGGACUUCGGAGGAUCUGAGUGA